UAUAUACAUAAAGAAUAAUGUUAAUGAACUUCAUCAAAACUUGUUAUUUUCUUAUAUUCUCAUGUUUGUGUUCAGAGUUAUAAUGAGGCAUAACAUGCAUAAUUAAUUCGAGUAGGAACCGUUAAUGCAGAAUAUUUUAUGGGGCACAUAAUGGUGACGCACACAAUACCUCGUGCGAUGUGUGAACAGCGCCAUCUUUAGAAGCACAUUUGCUAUUGACGAGGUCGGUUGUGCUUUCUCUCGCUCUUCAAACAAGAGUGCUGCUUUUUCCAUGCUGUAUGGAUCACUGAAGGGGAGAGACGUGUAUCCCAAAAAACAUUAAUUGUGCUCUGUGUAUUUCUGCAGGUAUGUUCGUUGUUUAUUGUAUUAUAUGUUGAGAAAUGUUUGAAAUGUGUUUACUAUCGAGUUUAUACGAGUUUGAUAGAUACAAAAAAAAAGAGUGAGGUCUGUAUGCAAACGUGAUGUUAUCAAAUUUAAUAUUUUCAAUUUAAAUUGUGCAAAAUCUGUAACUUUGCACAUUUCCCCCCAUUUAAUUAAUUUACUGAUGCGAGUACGCGGUGAGGAACUAUAUUUUCUUUUUUUAUAUAUAUUUCAUAUGCCAUAUAAUGGUGACAUGUAUUUUGUGACUUACUUUAUUUGUUUGUUUUAUCUUAAUUAUCUUGAUUUAUUUGAUUUAUACUAUUUGUCUUAUGUUUUGUAACUGUUAAUUGAGUAAAUUGCCUUCUUGAGAAGCACAUUUGCUAUUGACGAGGUCGGUUGUGCUUUCUCUCGCUCUUCAAACAAGAGUGCUGCUUUUUCCAUGCUGUAUGGAUCACUGAAGGGGAGAGACGUGUAUCCCAAAAAACAUUAAUUGUGCUCUGUGUAUUUCUGCAGACCUGCUUCUUCAGAAUAAACCUUCCUGAGACCUGCUCCACCUGUAUUGUCAUCUUUGAGAGCAACAAAACACAACCAGAGUAAAACUGCUACAUAAAAAUGGUGCCGUGACCUACUGGAUCAACUGGAUCAGCCGCAGCCGAUCGCCGGAGUUGUGCAACGUGUUCGUGACGUAUUGAUGCUGCAUCUGGAGAUCGAGGAAUCGAUUUCACCAUUGUUCUGGUAACUGUAAACCAAAAAAAAAAAAAAAAACAGAGAGACCUUUUUCCGUGGACUGACAUAUUGAACUGUUGUCUUUUUCCUCAUCAUACUUACUGGACAUUGAAUGAGGCCAGUUUUCUUUUGUGUUUAUUCUGUCACUGUCAUAUAUUUACACCAUGGCCGGGGCAUGGAAAGACUCUGAUAUGACAACGCCAUAUCUGGGGAGGGGCAGAGGGUUGUUGGGGGUGGAAGAAACUGCCGUUGGUAAACCUAGAGUGUUAGCUUAUAGUCCUCAAUCACAUGAUACCCUACUAGAUCAACCUAUUGGGCCGACUGCCUCCACUCCUAGUGAUGCAAAUGAUAACAUUGCACAGCAGUUACGUGAACUUAUUGGUGAAUUAGGCAGUCAGAUAGGUGAUUCCAUCGUCACCCGGCUAUUAACUAGUCAAAGCCCAGUCACCCCCUCCAGUUCAGUCCCAUUCAGUGCUGUUGCACCAGAACCCUCUAACGCAGGCCGAAAUCUAACUAAUGUCAGCCUGAUAGUCAAGCCAGAUGUCAAAGAGCCUCCAAUGUUUAGAGGAGAUGGAACAGACAAAUACGCAGUUCAAGAAUGGAUUGAGUUGAUGGAAUUGUAUCUCCACAAAGCGGAUUGCUCUGACACAGAUCAGGUAGAUGAGAUACUGAGCCACCUGCUAGGCAGGGCCAAGAGUAUUGUCAAGGUCAGACUCAAAAGCAGCCCUAACGAAGCCAUCUCCCCUGAGACCAUCUACGAUGUGUUGAGACGUUACUUCAGUGAAAGUCCUGUAUCAUGUCAACCACUUGCUGACUUUUACGCGACACGACCCAAAGUAAAUGAGUGCCCUGUUGAUUACUGGGUUCGAUUAAAUGCAGCUGCUGAAUUAGCAGAUAGCCAUUUGCAGAAACAAGGAGAAAAGAUGAAAAACAUGAGUUCUGAAAUUGCGAUGAUGUUCAUCAGAAACUGUUCAGAACCAAACCUCUCUAGUAUGUUUAGGUGUAAACCUAUCAGUAAAUGGUCAGUCACUGAAAUUCAGGAGGCCAUUGACGAACACCAAAGGGAAGUCCAGUCUAAAAAACUGUCCGCUGUCACGCAUGAUGUUAACACCGUCCAAGUCGCUGCAGCUAAAGUAUCAACCUACCCCCACGCUGUCACCAAGGGAGAUGAUAUGAAGGCGGAUGCUCCUGUUUAUGUCCCUGAUAGUCCUUUGAAGGCUGCUGAACCUGCAACUUCAGAAGCUGCCACUUUGGAGCGUGUCUUAAGUAUGCUGGAAAAGGUACUGGAGCGUACAAGUCAGAAUGCUCCCAUCUCACAGCCGAGAACAACUCAGUGGCGCAGCUUUCCCCCGUGCAGAGUCUGCGGUGAUAGGAAUCAUUCCACACGUUCACAUUGUAUGAGAGAAAGGAGAUGUUUGUUGUGCUUGGAGAUUGGGCAUCAGCAGAAACAAUGCCACAAAGUCGUCAGCCCUGCUAGUCCAUCUGCUUCUGACCUGCACGCUCAGGGAAACUAAUACA